AUGGCCACUGCAGAUGAAACACCAUGGCAUGCAGCCUUCCCAGAUCCGAAGGCAAAAUGUGCAGAAAUCGAACCAGAAGUAGUUUCCAAGCUUCUUAAGGGACUCUCAACGACCGAACACCACAAUCAAACAAGGGACUUCCUGUUGGUCGACGUGAGACGAACAGACUGGGAAGGAGGCACCGUAGCCACCUCGAUCAAUCUCCCUGCGCAGUCGUUGUACCCUACACGAUCGGUGAUCUAUCAGAUGGUGAAACAAGCUGGGGUGAAGCAGGUUAUAUUCUACUGCGGAAGUAGCAACGGACGUGGUCCUCGAAGUGCAGCCUGGCUGCAAGAUUAUAUCGAUGAAGUUGGUGACCAGGAGAUGAAGGCUCUCGUCAUGAAGGGAGGUAUCAAAGGUUGGGUUCGCAAGUAUGGUGGACAUCAUAUGGAUUGGUAUGACGAGAAAUUCUGGGCAGAGAAGAAAGAGUAA